CAAAAGUCCUGUCCCAGCACAUGAAAACACUGCCAUCCUCCGGUGAAGUCUGACUCAGAGGAUACUCGUCCUUCCCAAAGCCCAUUAGGACAGAUGCGUGAGGAAAUUGGUGAAAUCGCAACAGAAAACUUGAGAAUUCGGUCUCUCUGACUCGGUUGUUGUGGUAGCGCGAAAUCGAUAUUUUCGUCUGUUUUUUUUUUUGGCUCACAUUGAUGUGCCAGCUUUGUAUUUAAGAUCGCCAUUUGCGUUCGAUUGCAUCUAGACCCCAGAGGCAGCGGAGCGUUGGUUGUACCGCGACGCCAGCUGGACGCUUCUGGGCUGCACCAGAAAAACCCCCGUACAGCUCCCUCGUCAGGUCUCCCCGGGACCCGUGUUUUGCAUCGCCCCUCAAUUUGCAUUUCUUUCUCAGAUUUUCCGUGAGACUGACUCAGCCGCUCGAAAAAAGCAGCAGGCGCUUCACGCCACUGUUUUCCCUGCACGCGCGCCUCCAUUUCCAAAGCAACACGCGCAGAGAUAAGAGCCAAAAAACCUCUGGAUUCUUUUUUGUUGUUGUUGUUUUUAAUAUUAUGUCACCGAGGCUUCACGAACGGGGAAACUAAGGGCGUUUUUUUUUUUUAAUCCUCUUGUUAUUUGUGGUGCGUACAGACGGAGACAGACACGUGUCUUGUGGGUAAACAGAGAGGGUUAGGUCGUGCCAGCAGAUCGCUUUGUUUGUUUCCCAGGUUUUUUUUUUCAUAUUUGUGUGUAGACGACCGACCGGGUCUGAGCUCGGCGACAAGAUAUUCAUUUCAGCUGGUGCGCCUUGGUGAUAAAGACGCAUUUGGAGAUGUCGGAAGUGCUGCCUUUCAACGAAGAAAAAAUGAGUCAUUAUGGAAACGAAGGCGACGAGGGACACCUUUCCUUCACCUGUCGCCUUCAAGACACCAACAACUUCUUCAACGGCUCACAGAAUAAACGUCCGCCAAAACUCGGACAAAUAGGCAGGAGCAAAAGGGUUGUGAUCGAGGACGAGAAUGGCGACGAUGAAGCGAUGAAAAACGGAACAGAGAAGACCUCGACGGAGGCUUAGAGUGCCCGACUCGACGCGCGCCCCCCCUGCCCAAAAGACACUCUUGAAAUUUUUUAUGGCGAUAUUUACCAGUUUUAAUCCAAAGACACUGUAUAUAAGCACUUUCUUUCAUGUGGCAGCAAGCAGAACUUCCACACCCUCCUCUUCCAGUCCGUGGAGACGGGCCGGAUGGCGCCCGCUGGCAGGGGUGGGAGAUGGCAGCAAAGGAGACCCCCAGGUGGACCCCCUCAACACACACACACACACACACACACACCCUCGAUUACAGGGUUUCGCCAUAGAUCCAGUCGCAGGAGAAGACAUCGGGGGGUGGAGGCAAGGGGGUGAGGCGAAGGAGGGAGCUGAUGCUGUCGAAUUGCAGAAAUCAGGGACAGGAUACAGAAGUAAUUAUAUUCUAAACACUAAAGCACACACUUUGAUCCUCUCAAUCAAACCUAUGGUACCAUUCUUUCUGCUCUCUACUUUGAUCAAGGGCAAGUGAAUAACAGAGUUUGUAAAUAUGGAAAGUGUAGCCCAUAUUUUCUUGCACAAAGUUGGAAUUGGUGAACUGGUUUGUUUUGUGUUGAAGACGUUAUUUAUUAUUGAUCCUUGGGGAAAAUGUCCUUUGCAGUGACUUCAGGCCUACCGGAGUGUUUUUUUUUUGUAUGUUGAGAAAAACUUUGAGCAAAUGCGAGUCACAUUAUUUUUCACUUUAAAAUUCUCGAUGUUGCCUGAGUGUUUUUUGUUACCAUACUUUGCAGCUAACAAGUCAUUUCUAAACGGUGUACUUCCCACCUGUUUGUAAGCUUCCCAGGCUUUCACCUGGAUUGGUUGAUACUGUAACUUGACUGUAAACACCCUAUUGAUAAAAACUAUUUAUAUUGCAUUGUGCAUUAUUGUGUGUGCCAAAUCUCAUGAGGGGGUAUAUUGUACUGAACAACUUGUUCUUUUUUGUGCUUUAUACAUUUACUCAUGGAGUUCAUCAUUUUGUUGGGUUGCCAAUUUUUAGGGCUCUUUCAUGAAACACUUUAAAUACCAACUCAUGCAUGGCAAAUAUAAAAUCAUGCAUGCAUGGCAGCAAUUCUGAAACUCUUGUGUAUUCUUGAAGCACCUCGUAUACAGCUUUGAAUGACAAACCUCAAAAAACAGUCUUAAUUCUGCGUUGUACUGUACGAUUCUCACUGAUUUGUACAGUGGCCUAAUAUCUUGUAAUAAAGAUUCUGAUAAAGUACUAUUUACUGUUAGUGUUGAUUGUGGUUUACAAUGAGGAAUGAUGUAUUUGAUGUUGCUUUUGUUUUUUUGUUAAAAAAAACUGUUUUAAAAACUGUAGCAAAAACAUGAAAAUAUAGUUUUGUAUCUGAAGGAUGAGGACAGUAUCAGAUAGCUUGGCUAACUUUUGGACUUGUUCCUUGUAAAAUUUCUCCUGUUGUUAUUGUAUCGCCUAUUUUGCUGCCAAGGAAGGUAAAAUCAGCAUUUUCCACUGUGAGGAAGUAGCAUCUCACUCUUUGUAAAGAUCAGAUUUAGAGGGAGACAGACCUGGGCAGAAUGACGGGCCAAUAAUCCCACAGAGAAUCUGAACUGCACACUUGGUCCGAAAGAGACACUGGGCUCAAACAGUUGCACAACAGACUAUGAUCUCAUUAAGUGCUACAGUACUGCAAAUGUUAUUGUGGGGAAAAUGUACAACACUGCUUCCCAAUGCAAUAAAUGUCUGUUUGCG